CUACUGCUAGCUACUGGCCGCCUUGCUUGCAGCUGGGAGUAUAAGCGUGAGGAGUUUGCGCAAGCUAGCUGGCAGAGAAAUCAAGGGAAGCAAGCAUAUUCUAGCUAGAGCUGGUACCUAGUAGUAGUUCUUGGGCGGCAUGGAUCAGCUUGAUGAGCAGUCGUUCCUGGACGAGCUUAUGUCGCUGCGCCGGGAGGAGGCGCCGGUGCCGGCUCCGGCUCCGUGGCAGGCGUACCCGGGCAGCGGCAUGAUGACGACGAGCGACCUCCUACUCUACGGCGGCGACGGCACCACCGAGGCGAGCAGCGGAAUGGACUUUGCCGGGCCGAUUCAGCAGCCCAUGGCGCCACCGCCGGGCACGUCUCCCCACGGGCCGCACGAGGAGUUCAACUUCGACUGCCUCAGCGAAGUGUGCAAUCCUUAUAGGAGCUGCGUCGGCGUCGUCCCUCGGCAUGGGGUCGCCCACGGGGCCGGCCAGGCGCUGUCUCAGUUUCCCCUCCACGACGCCAUGGCGGAGGACGGCCCCAGCGGCGGCAACCUGCAUCGCGGUGGUGGGUCGUCGUCGUCACCGGUGCCGAUCGUGUUCGGAGCAGGAGGCGCCGGGGAGAGCCCGGAGAUGAUAAGGGGCGUCCUCACCGGCGCCCACGCUAGAGGCAAGCUCAACGGCGGCACUACGUCCAAGAACCUCAUGGCGGAAAGGCGGCGCCGGAAGCGUCUGAACGACCGCCUCUCCAUGCUCCGCUCCAUCGUGCCCAAGAUUACCAAGAUGGAUAGGACCUCGAUCCUUGGGGACACCAUAGACUACGUGAAUGAACUAACCGAGCGGAUCAAAACCCUCGAGGAGGAGAUCGGCGCCACGCCGGAGGAGCUGAACCUGCUGAACACUAGGAAGAAUUUCUCCAGCGGUAGCAGCGAGGAGAUGCCGAUGAGGAAUUCCACAAAGUUUGUGAUCGAGAAGCAGGGCGUUGGCGAAACGAGGAUCGACAUCUGCUGCGCCACAAGCCCCGGUGUGCUGAUCUCGACGGUGAGCGCGCUGGAGGUGCUGGGGUUGGAGAUUGAGCAGUGCGUUGUCAGCUGUUUCGGUGACUUCGCGAUUCAGGCAUCCUGCUCACAAGAGGAAGGGAGGAGCCGAGUGACAAGCACCAACGAGAUCAAGCAGGCAUUGUUCACGAGUGCAGGCUAUAGAGGAAGGUGUCUCUAGAUCGAUGGAGCAUGCCAAUUCAUCAAUGAUGUAGCAGAACAAGCUGCUUGUAAUUUGGUAAUUAAUCAUCCGUGAGAUUUGUGUUUGCAUAUAUUUGCUUGAUUUGUUUUGAAAUAUAUCUGCAUCAAUCAAGCAUAUGUAGUGUUUAUGUUAGAUUUUUGAAUAGUAGUACUAUCUAAAGUUCAACAGCCUCUUACAAAAAUGUAGGGAAAGGCUGCGUACUAUAGACCCAAAGUGGUCGGACCCUUUUCCGGACCCUGCGCAAGCGGGAGCUACAUGCACCGGGCUGCCUUUUUAGUAGUAUCUAAAGUUCAAAUGUUUGUGACAAGAUUGUAAUAGUUGGGUGUGUGUCCGUGAGUGUAAUGCAUGCCAGAUGUAUCAAUGUGGAGUGGAGUAUUGGGAUUUGGCCGACAUGAAAAGAUACCAAUCUAUUGUUGCAUUUGGUUGGGCACUGUUACAGAUUUUUGUUUCUUGUGCAUGUUUAGCUGUUUCCUGACAACAAUUGUUCAUCAA